AUGACGAUUCGAUCCAUGAAAUUCACACCAGAGGUACUUCUCGGAGCACCUCGACGGUCGGGCGCCGUGCCCAAUUCCUCCGGGACACUUGCUGUCUAUACGCAAACCACAUAUUCUUUCGAGUCUCACACCAAGACGAAUGAAAUCCGCGUGCUAGAUCUUACAUCUGGCAGGUCAGCCCUAAUUACGAAUGAUCCAGGCGCCAGUUCCCCGCAAUGGCUCGACAACUCGGACCAACUCAUCUGGCUGAAGGCGAAGGCGAAUGGAAACACAAGCUUUAUCAUCGGAGAUGCUCGCCAAGCGGACAGGAAUUACACGGCGGGGACAGUUCCAGGGCCUGUGUCGGAUCUCAAGGUCACUGCUGUCGAGUCAGGGAAGAUUGGUUUCGCUGUUGCCGGAAAGGCAAACCCCGAUGGGUCUUUGUAUAACCCAAAGGACGCCAAGACACCUUACAGUACCGGUAAACUGUAUACUUCGCUUUUUGUGAGGCACUGGGACUCGUACAUCGAGCCCCAGAGGAAUGCCAUUUUCUAUGGUUUACUUCAGCGCGCUCCUCUGGCUCCUGUUACACGGCAGGCGGGCAAAUACUCGGUCUCGGGCGUUACCAACUUGAUUGCGAUCUGUGGGCUUACAGGCGUCGAGUCGCCCAUUCCGCCGUUCGGUGGUGCGGGCGAUUUUGAUAUCAGCCCUUCGGCCAUCGUGUUCGUGGCCAGAGAUCCUGACGCUAACCCUGCUUUGCAUACGGCUGGCUCGUGCUAUUACUGCCCGAUCUUCUCGUGGACAGGAGUUAACGCCCUUGAGAGCAAGAUUUACAAGGUCAAAGGCCUUGAGGGCGCGAUGUCCUCCCCGGUUCUGUCGUCCGACGGCAGCUCCAUUGCUGUUUUGGCUAUGCGCACGGACGGUUACGAGUCGGACAAGAACCGGAUUCUCUACGUUCCUAACCCCUGGAAUGGCGAGAUGAUUGAGGCUUUCGCGUCUGCAGAUGGCAAGGGACUGUGGAACCUCAGUCCGUCGGGACUCACAUUCUCCAAUGACGACAAAUCCUUGUUCAUUCAGGCGGAGGAAUACGGCCGUGGGGUUCUAUACCAGCUUCCCAUCGCCGAUAUUCGUCACUCUACUCCGGACAGGCUUAAGAAAAUUACUCGCUCCGGUUAUGUGACGGACGUCCACCCUGCUACAUCAAAGUCUCACAAGCUCCUCGUCUCUAGCAACAGUCUGGUUGACAACAGUCUCUGGACUAUCGUCGACCCCGAGAAUCCAGACGAUUCUCGUGUUGUCUCCUCUAUUGGCCAUGGCGGUGCCAAUUUUGGCCUCAGAUCCACGCAGGUUGACGAGAUCUGGUACAGGGGCGCUGAAGAUACUCCGAUCCACGCAUGGGUGGUGAAACCGUCCAACUUCAGACCUGGCAGUAGAUAUCCCCUGGCUUUCCUGGUCCAUGGCGGCCCGCAAGGGGCAUGGAACGACCAGUGGAGCACACGAUGGAAUCCCGCUGUCUUUGCAGAGCAAGGAUACGUCGUCAUCACACCGAACCCAAGAGGCAGCACUGGCUAUGGACAGGACUUUACCGAUGAUAUUCGUGGAGCGUGGGGUGGGCUCCCAUACAUCGACCUGGAAAAAGGAUUUGAUUAUAUCGAAAAGAACCUGGACUAUGUCGACACAUCUCGGGCAGUCGCGCUGGGUGCAUCGUAUGGAGGUUUCAUGAUGAACUGGAUUCAAGGCCAGCCGCUCGGUCGCCGGUUCAAAGCGCUUGUGACUCAUGAUGGUAUCUUCAGCACACAGUCGUUGCUUGCGACCGAAGAACUUUAUUUCCCAAUACACGAUCUCAAGGGUGUGCAGUGGAAAGUGCCAGAAAACUGGGCACAAUGGGAUCCUUCUCUUCACCUGGAUAAGUGGGAGACACCACACCUAAUCAUUCACAACGAGAAGGACUAUAGGUUGACAAUAGCCGAAGGUCUGGCUGCGUUCAACGUGCUACAGAUGAAAGGAAUCGACAGCGCUUUCUUGACCUUUCCAGAUGAGAAUCAUUGGGUUUUGAAUCCGGAGAAUGCGCUCAUGUGGCAUUACACCGUGCUCAACUGGAUCAACAAGCAUGUCGGUCUUGCCCCGGCAUCUGACCGUUAUGAGCAAUUCAAGAAUGAAACUGCAAGGCCACUGCAAAGCCGUCUAGCGCAGAUGAAUCUUUCCUGA